CGCUGUACACUGUACAGUCGCCAUUUUCUGCGAGACGAAUGUGCACAUACAGCCACGCCACCUCGCUUUCGAGUUCGAUUCAGUGAUUGAUCUUGCUAAAUUUUAAGAUCUUUCUUCAGUUACAGUAGAUGUACAUUGAAGUCUGUCGACGGAAUGCUGCCUUUGUUAGUUUGUAAACAUGAUCAGACUGAAAGUGAAACGAGACCGAGGUUUUGUCACCCAUGUCAUAUCACCAUUUUCCAGAGUACUAUAUUUCUGUAGAAUGAGAAGGACAUCUUACACCAUGGAUGGAUUCUGCAUUCUCUAUCUGCUCCUGAUCCUCUUGAUGAGAUCUGGUGACGUUGAAACCAAUCCAGGUCCUAACACUGCAGAAAGUACUGUCAGUGAAAUGGAGUUCCUGAAGCUGGCCCGGGACAUUCCUCCAUCUUACUACGAGGAUGUAGGGAUAUCUCUAGGGAUCCCCUAUGCUCAGCUACAGGCAAUCCUAAGUGAGAAGUUGAAGAACUUCAAAAAUGCCUUAAUGGAUGUCUUCAUGAAAUGGAAUGUCAUGCAGCAACCUCCACACUCAAACAAACGACAGCUUUUGGCAGACAAACUACGAGAGAUUGACUUGGGUGACCUAUCAGAUGAAUUACUCAAUGGACCUCCAAUUCCGAACAGCACAGGAGGGCCAUCAAGACUGCUUGAAUCUCAGACCAAACCUCCUUCAGCUGAAUCUCAGACCAAACCACUUUCUCCUGAAAUGGUUGAGCAGUGUGCAAGGGAUUUCAAGUUCAAGUACAGGUCAAGUCUCUGUAAGAUCAGAACGGAUCCUCUCAAUCCUGCUUCCACUGUGCAGUUUAAAGACAUGUAUACUAAUCUCUUCUUACAAGAAGAGCAUGGGACAGAGAAGCGAAAGCUAGAUUACGAUGAUAUUCUUGAUCUCAAAGUCAAUGGAGAGUUCCCCAAGCGGAUCAUGGUUCAGGGAGAGGCAGGGGCUGGAAAAACCACAUUUUGUGCUAAGAUUGCCUGGGACUGGAUUGAAAAGAGGCAUUUCAGGGAAUUUGUGUGGGUCUUGAUUGUUCCUCUACGUGAAUUCAAGCAACACACUAUUGGCACGAUUGCAAAGUCUUAUCUGGCCAAGAACAAUCCAGCAACGAUUUCUCAGAUUACUGAGUAUAUCCGCUCAAAUCCUGACAAGAUAUUCAUCGCAUUUGAUGGGCUUGAUGAAGUCAGUGGCAAAAUCAUGAAGACAGAAUCAUGUGAAUCACAGCCUACUGAUCAGAUGCAACUUCAGCCAUCACAGCCAAGUGCCACCUCCUCAGAGGCAUGUGGAAGCUUAUCUGAGACUGGUGAUAUUGAACUCAGAGAUAUUCUUUGUUCAGAUCAACUUGCCUCUUGCCCAGUCUUGGUGACUACUCGCCCAUGGAGAGCAGUAGAGGUUAGAUCAGAUGGUGAUCUAGUGAAGCUCUACACAUUCAUUCAUGUUGAGGGUUUCAACAGAGAGAAUUUGUCAGUUUACAUUCACAAAUACUUUCCAAAGAAUGAUGAUAAAGCAAAUCAGCUUAUCCAGUUCAUCAAUGAUAAUGAUGUCCUAUCUGAGAACAUGGCCCACUAUCCUAUAUAUGUAGCCAUGUUGUGUCUUAUGUGGAAAGAAUGUGACGAGCAAAAAUUAAAGGGAAUUAAAUCACUGAAAACUUUUGCUCAUAUAUUCAAAGAAAUGAUUGCCUUUCUAAAAGAACAUUAUGCUCAGAAAAAGGUGAAGAAAGUAGGCAGCCACCCAUUUCUUGCCUAUUUGAAACAAAUCGAUGAGCUCCUUAAACCGAUUGCCAAACAGGCACUUUCUGGUCUGCUAGAAAAUACCUUGAUGUACAGUGAAGAUGAUUUCCAAAUGUGCCCAGAUUCCAAGGUCACUGCCUGUCAGGUUGGGAUUUUGUCUCAGGAGGACAGAAUUAUCGCUGACGUGGAUACACAUGAGAGGAAUUCUCAUGUGCAAUUGCCAGUCUUCUUCCCUCACAAACUGUUUCAGGAGUACAUGGCUGGAGUCCAUCUUGCUUUCCUGUAUGAAUCAGAUCGUAAUGAAUUCAACAGGCUGAUUAAGCGAGUAGUGAUGCCGAGGAAGGAGGAGUUUAGGUAUCUCCUGUACUUCACUGUGUCACAGAACAAAAAUAUCGCAACCAAUGUAAUGCACGCUUUGCUUCUGGAACUAUACAUGGACAGAGCGGAAUCAGGGGAACUGACAGAUGUAGAUUUCAUUGUUGAUGUAGCCUUUGAGAGUCAGGACCCAGAUGCAGCAGCCUUGUUGAAGGACAGUGUCGAUUCAUCAGAGGGGAUUGAGCUGAACAUAUUCACAUUCAUGUACCGGUACCCGACAGCACACACUGUAGCUGGUUAUGCGUACAUUGGACUACAUGUGGUUGCGCUCUGUAUUGAAGUAGAUAGUGGACCUACUAUGUCACUUGAUGUGGCAGAGAUAAUAUGCUCCAUUCCAUCCUUGAAGGAAGUUUAUCUUGACAGUGCAUUGCAUCAUUGUUUUUUUGAAACACUUGCAAGGAAAGGAAAAGAAGCAAAGGUAAGCGGUCAAUGCUUGUAAUGUAUGUGUGAGUGUUUAAUUUCAU